AUGGCUGAUGAAUAUAAAGAAGAAGCUAGCGAUCGGACGAAAAAGGAAGAGAAAUCGAAAGAUGAAGGUGAUGAAGAGGAAAUAGUUGAUGGUCGAAAAGAAGAGGGGACAGUGGCCGAUGUUAAAAAAGAUGAAAUGAAUGUUGAAAGAAAGAAUGAAGGAAGCACUGAAAUAAAGGAAGAGGCAACGUCGGAAUCAUUUACUGAAAAUCUGAACAAAAGUGGCAGUGAAAUGAAUACUACUGGUAAUGAUAUGGAGGAAACCACAGGAAUGGUCAGAGAAGAAAAACCGAAACCUAUAAAAAGAGGUCUCCUUGAUGAGCCAGUUGUAAGAGAGGGAAAAAGACAGCGCCAUGCAGUGGAACGAUUAGCAGCAGUUUCGUCUCCAUCUUCAAGGAAAACAUCCCUGGACGCAGUUGGGUCAGGAACUUGUCUUGGAGACAUUGAAUUCGUGAAUAAUGGCAUUUCUAAAGCGCAAAAUGAGACAUUAAAAUGGCUUCACAGGCUAUGUUACGGCACACCUGGGACAGCAACGUCAAGAAAAAGAGAUCUUAGAAGAUUUAACGGUUUUGCAUUUGAUGAAAAGAGUGCUGAUUUCGACAAGAAGAAGGCAACGGCAAUGAAGUUUACAAAUAAUGAGUUACAUAUGAUUGGAAGGAUUUUGGGUUCCGAGAGAGGACAUACAAAAGAAGAAGCAGUGAUGAAUGUCCUUCAUUUCUUGCAAAAACCGGAAGAUAAGGGCAGAAAGGUCACCUCAGCAAAGAAGCGAAGAAGCUCUUCAAAAUCGACGGGGAAAAGAGCAAAAAAAAGCAAUGAAGAGAAAGGAAAUAAGAAAAACAUAAAAAAAUCAAAGGAAGAAUCAAGUGAGGAUGACGACGCUGGUCAAAGCGGAGAGGAAUCUAGCGGUGAUGGAGAUAUUGAAGAGAAGAAAUCGACAAGCACAACAGAAAGUCGUUCUGAAAGGAUGAAGAGUUCAACCAAAUUAGCUUCUGUUUCCAAAAGCACUGUGGCAAAGGAUGACUCGUCGUGGGGUGAUGGUGGACCUUCAAAUGCAGAGGUGGAAACUACUAUCAACGAAAUUCUGCGUUCUGUGGAUCUUGUUAAUUGUACAAUGAAACAGAUGUGUGAAAGGAUUGCGGAAAAAUUCCCAAAUUUGGAUAUGGCGACAUAUAAAGGUGCACUGAAGGAACGCGUGAAAGUGGCUUUAGAGAAAAUGGAAGAUUCAUGA